AUCCCUUCAAUCGGAGCAAGAACGCGAAAGCUAUGAAGAUUCAAAGUUCAUGAGCUUGCGUUACAAUUGCGGCGGUUACAAAGUGAAGUUGUGGGGUGACUUUAUAUGGAGUUGGGACCUUGGGGUUGGGUAAACUUGUCACUCUACUGUAACAGCUGCAAAUAGGUUGGGAACAACCAAGCUAGCUUUGGAUGGCUCCAACUAUGAGGAAUGGAGCGGACGGAUGAGGAGUGCCUUCAAACGCUACAAGCUACUGAAGAUUGCUGUUGGGGAAGAGAAGAUGCCAGAAGAAGGCGAAGCACGCGAACCGUGGAUUGAGAAAAGCGCGGUGCUUUUCGACCUCAUCCUUCAAUCGGUCAACAAGGAGAUGUUCGAGCACAUCAAGGAUCUUGUGGAAGCGGAUGAUUCGGGUCCAAGGGCGUGGAAACUACUACGCGAUGUGAUUCAGCCCAACACUCUCCCGAUGGUGAUCGUGCUCGAGAAGGAACUUGCUGCCAUCUCCAUGCGACCAGGGGACGAUGUGAAGCCGGUCCUUGACAAGAUCAAGAACACCUAUGCAAGGAUGGCAGCAGCGGGCAGCAGUGUAUCUCAGCUGCAGCAGUGCACCAAGAUCAUCUCGGUGUUGGACAACUCUUGGGACAACCUCAUCCCCACCCUCAACUCUCAGCAAGAUCAAUGGACACCUGAGUGGCUAAGGCAGCAGAUUCUGCAGGAGGACUUCCGCAGACGCCAUGUGGGAGGCGGUGCUGCCACUAAGACUGCUGAGGGGUAUGGAGCUGCAGGGCGCGGCAAAGGAAGAGGGGGUUGGAAAGGCCGAGGCCGUGGGAGAAGCUUUGGCAGAGGUAGAGGCCGAGGUGACUAUAAUGAGGGGCAUGGGAGCUCCAGUGGCAGGGGGAGUACCAGAAUGGAGGGCACCUGCUGGUACUGCAAGAAGCAGAAUGGCGUGGCUGAGAGGUUCAACAGGACCCUGCAGGAGGGGGCACGCACUCUCCUUGGGCGUGCAGGGCUGCCUGAUCCGUUUUGGGUGUCUGCAUUGAGGCAGGUCGCCCUUGUGAAGAAUAGGGUGCUGGCUACAGUUGGGGAUAAGGAGUGGAUCCCAUAUGUCAAGUGGUAUGGGAGUGCUCCAGCUGUGAACAUGCUGAGGGCAUUUGGGUGCAUGGUAGUGUUUCAUGUGCCUAAGGAGAAAAGAGGGAAGUUGGAGGCUUCUGGAAGAUGGGGUGUGCACUUGGGGAUUGCAAAGGAUCACAAAGCGUGGCUGCUAUGGGACUUGACCACCCAGAAGCUGACAGUGUCAAGGGAUGUGAAGUUUCUUGAGUCCCUGUACUACAAGGAAUGGAAGCAGCAGCAACAGAAGCUUCCAUCUACACCGCUCAUUGUGGAGGUAGAUGAGGUGCAGCAGCCUUCAAGACAGGUGGAGGUUGCAGUGUCAGAGGAGGAGAUGUCUGGGGUGACUGAGGAAGGGGGAGCAGCUGAAGUAGAGCAGCAGCAGCAGCAGCAGCAUGAGUCUCCACCUCGAGUUCCACACCCGCCUGAGCGACCUAGGAGGGAUGUGCGCCCUCCAGUGAGGCUGACCUAUGGGGGAAGAGGCAAGCCGAAUGUGGUGCAGGCUGGGAGUGUGGUUGAGCAGAUUGAGGAAGAUGAGAUUGCAUUAUGCUAUUGGGCUGCAAUUCCUCAACCCAAGGUACUGACGCUAGCUUCAACUCAGUGAAAGCGGAUGGCACCAGCAUUGGGGGAUAUGUGUGCUUGCUAGGAGGUGGUGCUGUGAGCUGGCGCAGCAAGAAGCAGAAUGAGGUGGGAUUGUCCUCAUGUGAGACUGAGUACAUGGCCUUACACCAUGGGGCCAAGGAAGUGGUGUGGCUGAGGCGCUUGUUGGAGGAGUUGGGAGUUGGUCAGGAGGAGCCGACAGUUGUGUUCUGUGACAAUGAGUCUGCUGUGAAGCUCGCCAAGAAUGCUUGUCUGCAUGGGCUGACAAAACACAUAAGGCCUAAGUGGCAUUGGGUGAGGAGACUCCUCAAUAAGGAGGUGCGGCUGGAGAUAGUGAAGACCCAUCAGCAGGCAGCAGAUAUUUUCACCAAGCGUCUGGCGGAGGCGGAUCAUUGGAAGGGCAUGAAGCUUGCUGGGAUGAGUGUGCAUUGAGUAUGCAUGCUUGAGAUGUUGGUAUGGUGGAUGAUGGUUGGCAGCCAGAGGGGGAGAUUGUUGUGUGAUGUCAUCAUAUGCUAUCACAUUCUGUCUGCCUCCCAUCCCAUAUUUUUCAACUUGCAUGUGUGGUUUGAACGUGUGCAAGAAUUUGUGUGUGAUGUGUUCUGGAGUUUGGGAAUGUGUUUUGUGUUAUUUUGUUUGAGCAGGUUUUUUGUGAUGAUAGAUCUUGAGAAGAUCUUUCCGACGCAACGAGAAUCCCUUCAAUCGGAGCAAGAACGCGAAAGCUAUGAAGAUUCAAAGUUCAUGAGCUUGCGUUACAAUUGCGGCGGUUACAAAGUGAAGUUGUGGGGUGACUUUAUAUGGAGUUGGGACCUUGGGGUUGGGUAAACUUGUCACUCUACUGUA